AAUUUUAUAAUCACUCCAAAAUGGCGUAAAACUUUAAUAGUAAAAUUCAAAGUAAAAAUAAUGCCGUCUACUGUGACUUCAGUGUGUGUGCUAUGUGGCCAUGGCAACAAUCAAUCUCUUUAUAAAGAAUACAAGCCUGGUGCAAUUCAGCUUAACCAAUGUGUCAAUUGUCAUCAAUUUAUUGACAAGUACAUUGAAUAUGAUAGAGUAAUCCUGUUACUUGACAUGUUCCUGUUAAGGAUCCAAUCUUACAGACACCUAAUAUUCAAUUAUGAAAUCAGUACAUCAUUGCUAUUAAGACUAUUAUUUGUAUUAUUAUUCUGUCACGGAUAUAUAGAGUCAUGUAGAUAUGUUGCGACGACUCCAUCGCUCAUCCAUCUAAACUUCCACUUGUCAUUAGCUAUGGCAUUUACAGAAUUUGGUAUCAUAUGUCUGACUUCAUUUAUUGCAAAGGGACUUCUAAAAAUAGGCCAUUCGAAGUUAGAUUUGAACAGGUUUCUACGUGUGAUAGUAUUAUCCCAUUUCAUUGAUUACUGCUCUGUCAUUGUUACCAUAUGGAUCCAUGAGAGCUACACUCCAAUAACUAUACUGCUACUGUUUUAUAUACCGGCACAGCUCCAGUGUUAUAGAGCACUGUUUACUGAUCACUGGUUUAAAUUGUUAUCAGUAGUUCUUGUUCAGAGCAUCAUAUUAAAGAUUGCUAAUUCAAUCAUGUUUACGAGAAGAGCAGAGUUCAUGGAUAGUUUUUUGUCAUGAGACCAAACAAAACAUUAAAACUACACCUUGUAUACAUAAUACAUUAAUGAUCUCAUUAAUUGAUAAUGCUUGUUGUUAUUGCAUCAUAAUAUUAGUGAUGACUAGAAUUUAUUUGUUGUUAUUAAUUAUCAGAAUUGACUAUCACUGCAAA